CCGGCGGCCUCCCCCAUGGUGGGCUUCGGGGCCAACCGCAGGGGCGGCCGCCUGCCCUCCUUCCUGCUGGCCGCCCUGCUGCUCGUCAUCGCCGUCCUCGCCUUCAACUGCUGGAACGCGGCGUCCCGCCAGGCCGUGCUGCGGGAGGAGCUGGCCGAGCUGCAGAGCCAGGCCAAGCGCACCGAGGUGGCCCGAGGGCGGCUGGAGAAGCGCAACUCCGACCUGCUGGGCCGGGUGGAUUCGCACCGUAAGCAGCUGGAGCAGAAGGAGGCGGAUUACAGCCAGCUGAGCAGCCGGCUGCAGGCCAGGGACGGGCAGGUGAAGCGCUGCGAGGACAGCAGGGUGAAGCUGCAGAACAACAUAUCGUACCAGAUGGCAGACAUACAUCGUUUGAAGGAACAACUGGCAGAAUUACGUCAGGAAUUCAUCCGCCAGGAAGAUCAGCUGCACGAGUACAAGAAGAACAACACUUACCUGAUGAGGAGGCUGGAGUACGACAGUCUGCAGUGUGGGCAGCAGAUCAAGGAAAUGAGAAUGCAACAUGAAGAAAACAUGAAGAAAUUAAUGGACCAGAUUGUUCAGGAACAAAAGGCAACGCAGAGAAUUCAGUCCAUCAAAGAUGCUGAGAUAAAUCCCAAUGGUGAUGACCAGGCAAUGUCUAAGAUUGUUCCAGAGGUGGAAGUUAAAAAUGCAGAAAAUAACGAGCUGCCUUCAGAUCGUGGUGUAAAUGGCAAAGAGAAAGUCAAACCAGGAGGAGAUGCAGGCAUGCCUGAAAUAGAAGACAAUGACCCUGCUAAAGCUGAAGAUACUCCCACUGCUAUAAAGAAGCCCCUUAUUUCAGCUCCCAGAAGCGAUAAUCAUCAGUCUGUGCUACACCCUCCAACUGAACAGCCCCACGCUCCAAAUCUGGCACCAGGUCUGCGUAGUGACAAUGAUGGAAAUGCUGAUAUUGCGAAAGAGAGACCUCCAAACUCUCUUCAGCACUUAAAUUUUGGUGAAAAUAUGGAAAGUCAGAAUGAAAACAAAAUUGAAGCAGACCAUAUAGACCUUCAGAAAAGCAGAGCUGUCGACUUGCAAAAGAUGAAGCAAAGCCGAUUCUUUGAUGAGAAUGAAUCCCCUGUUGAUCCGCAGCAGGGUUCUAAACUGGCAGAUUAUAAUGGGGAUGAUGGUAACGUGGGUGAGUACGAGGCAGACAAACAGGCUGAGCUGGCUUACAAUGAGGAAGAGGAUGGUGAUGGUGGAGAAGAAGACGUCCAAGAUGAUGAAGAAAGAGACCUACAGAACGACCUCGUCGAUUACAGCAAGCCGCGCUUUGGUGACGGUGUUCUUUAAGGCUUGAGUUAAUUGGGAAAUGCAGAUGAGAUCUCAACUGAAGAACUUGAAGUGCUGCAAAACUGAACCAUUUUUACUUUGCCGUUUCAUACUUUAAAACAAACUGAUAAUUAAAGAUAAGUAUACUCAAAGUUAGGGAAGCAACAGAAGGAAACAGUUCUGUACAUAUGUACAUAGUUGUACUAUUGCAAAUUGUAUUAAAAUGACAUUUUUGUUGUUACAUUGAGCCAAUUACUUAGACUGUACCUUAUCUGUAAGAAUCUUGACAUUUAAAACAAUAUUAUAAAUAGGGGCCGAGUUGUUUCUGCAAAUUAGAAACCUUUGUAAACUGGAGAACUUGUACAGUUUGUAUCUCAUGUACCAAAUACACUGUGGAAACAAUGUACAGCCAGAGGACUCCUUUUCUACAGUAAUUCCUGUAUGAGCAAAAAUACUCUGCUUUUUUCAUGAGUGCUGUGUGUUUUGUGUUUUGCAGGUGAGCUAUUGUUUGAGAAUGAAAACUGAAUGCUUAAAAAUUGCUCCUUCUUUGAUGUAAGUGAGGAAGGACAGUGGCACAGGCCUCAGAAGCAAGCACCAUUUUGAUUCUCACGUACAGUGACCAAAACUCAUAGCUAGAGCUGCAGAUCAGUGGCAGCAGAGUUACAGUCAUUUGAUACAUCCUGAGAAAGUUGUGUAACUAAUAGCUUAUCUUAAAAGCUGAUAUAAAGAAUUCAACACAGCUUGUAGGGGAUCUUUGUGCACGUGUUAAAGGAGAGAGAGCAGGUAGUGUGGGGAUGGGGGAGGGAAGAAAUCUGCAUCAGCAUUGCAGGAACCUGAAGGGAAGGCACAACCCCUACCCUCCCUAAAUACCUUGUAUGCAGAGUUUAACUGUUCCAAGAGACUCCAUCCUGUGUUGCAGUCACUCAAGUUCAUUUACAAUGUAAUACUUUGGUACAGAUCUCUCCAACCAUCUGCCACUUCCACCUUUGCUUUUGUGUCUCCGACCAGUUUGUAAGUUAGAUACUUUUUGUAUUAUGUGUUGAGCACUUUUCUGUAUUUUAUGGAGAUGAUUCCGUUGAUCUACAGUAGUGGAAAAUGAGGUUAUUAACCCAACCUGCUUCUCCAAAAGGGCUACUGUGAAAAGAAAUUACAGGACCUCUGACAUGGGUGAUUGUACUCUCUGUAUUCAGGUUCCAGUCUGAAAUAACAGUCUUGCUUGAUGCCCAUUCAGUGGACCUUUUACAUUUCAGAAGUUGCAUGAUUUUUGUUUUGCUACAUUAUUCUGCUAAUGAGUCUUAAAACAUAUGAGAAAUAAAACAUCACAUUCUGGUGAUGCCUUGCAGUGGUUGGGUUUUUUUCCUCUGGUGGUGGUGUUUGAGGCCUGACUUCUUCAUUACGUGUCUGAGAGGCAGGGGGGGAGCAGCCCUCAAAGCAAAGCGCUGGGCCUGCUCUGCCUUGGAUCCAUACUAACAUCACACAGGAAGAAAAACCUGUACCAGGAUUAUAAGAAUAGCAGUCACAGUAAAUGCCAUAUUUAAGCAUUGCAUUUUUUUGGUCUUAAAAUGUAAUUUCACCCUGAAUUAGGUGUUCUAAUAUAUUGGGUUCUAAUAAAUUGUUUAAAGUU